UGAACUCAUCAGCCAAUUAGAAGCUGAGCUGUCAGAGAAAUAUGGAGACAAACUGGUCAAACCAGGAACAUGUUCAACUGAAACCCUUUGACAACGGAGAGAAAGAGAAAGAGAGAAAGUCAGAGAUCAGAGCCACAACAACGCAGACUGAGGAUACAAGUCUGGAUUUUGUUGGGUUUUCCACAGAAGAACCUGACUGGAACAUGGAAACUGAAGCAGCUGAGCCCUUUGACAUCCGUACGGACAAACAAACGUGUCUGGUUGAGAAACCUUCACGGGGAAAUGAAGAGACGCUGCCUGGAAUACAUAGCCAAGAGGAUAAGGCAGCCAACGACUGUGACCCAGAAGAUCAAACAGACAAAAACACGAGGGGGACAGAGCUUCUAAAGGCGAGUCAGUGGGUCAAAAGCGUCAUAAAAGAGGACUUUAGCCAGUUAAAGGAAGAAGUGUUCAAUGUGUUCAAGGAGCGAGACACAAGACCAUCAAGUCAGGCAGAAAAUAAACCUUCCUCAAGCACACUCAAUCUCCUGAAAGAGGACCUGAGCCAGCUCAAAGAAGACGUGACCAGCAUCUUCAGCUUGUCCAAAGAAACAAAGUGUGCAGAUCCUAAAACCAGCCGCUCAGCAGAGAAGACCAACAACCGAAUGAGCUUUCUUAACUUUAAAGACGACCUCUUUAACGUCUUCAGAAUUGGUCUUUCAAAGGAGAGAGACAAGGAUGCUACUGCGAAGCCAGACUCAUCCAACACCUCCAAGGAAAGAGCUAAAAGGACGGACAAACCCUUUAUGCAGACUCUGUUUAGAAGAGACCAAAAGAUUUCCCAGAAGGAGCUUGAAAAUUCAUUUUCAGAGACGAAUAAUGAACAUAUGGACGAUGGUUUCAGGGGAAACCUCUCUGAGCACAAUGAAGAGACGGUUGAAACCCUGAAACUCGGCAACAACAUGACAGAGAGGUUAAAUGAAGAGGAGGACAGUGAGGUGGAGGUAACUGUCUGUGAUGAGCAGAAAACAAGGCAAUCUGAAACACAACAAACUAAGGAGACAAGUGCUACAUCACAGGCAGCCAAGCAGAGACGUGAGAGUGAAGAGUGGAGUGACAGCAACUCUGUUUGGUCAGCCGAAGACGAGAGGAUAACCAAAGAAGAAGAAAAACAAUCGGAAAAGCCAGAAGAAGACGAAGAAAAAAGGGAACAACAACAAAUGAAGCCACCCAAGAUUGUUCUCUGGGAGCCUUUGUCCUCUGGGAGCAAUCUCUUUAGUCUGAGAAACCUGGACAUGGACGACAUGGGGACACAGCCGGGACGAGACCCCUGGGCGGUGAAAAACUUUGCCUGUUAUCUGACCUUGGACCCCAACACUGCCAACUCAGAGCUGCGUCUGACCGACAGCAACAGGAAGGCGACCCGAGUGUGGCCGGAGCGCCGGCCCUCGGAGCAUCGCGACCGCUUUGAGCUCUGCCCUCAGGUCCUGUGCAGGGAGGGGCUGCUGGACUCGGUGUACUGGGAGGUGGAAUGGAGCGGUGGUGCCGACAUCGGCGUCGCCUACAACGCCAUCUCCAGAGACGGAGUCCCAGCCAGCUGCCUGCUGGGACACGGCGAGGGGUCCUGGAGCCUGGAGUGUUCGGAGGGAGCUUAUACACCGUGCCACAAUAACAACAGGUUCAGGUCCUCCUCCCCCCAGCCCUUCGCCCACAGAGUCGGGGUUUACCUGAACUGGUCUGCAGGCUGUCUGUCGUUCUACUGCGUCUCUCGGGACGCCAUGGUCCACCUUCACACCUUCACCACGACUUUCACUCAGCCUUUGUACCCGUGUUUCUGGCUUUGGGCUUAUGAUGGCUCAGUGUUGCUGACUCAGGUGGAGUUGGACUGGGAACGACUGCUGCAGUGAACCACUUAGAGCGAGUGGAGACCACAGGCUGUGUAAAGUGGUCGUAAUUAUUGGGACGUCACCCAUUGUUUUUUGCAGUGCGGAUUACUCGUUGAGCAAUUAUGGAGCCACCAACUUGGAAUACGGCCGUAGACCUUUUUGCCGUGUUUGCAACAAAAAAAAAGUUGCCAUAUUUAGAAUGAAGGAGAAGUGAUGUAGAGACUCCGGAUACGGCUCUGGUAGCAGCAGUGGCCUGUCAAUCACAGUAGGGGCACCCUGAGGCACACCCUGCUUUAUGGUCUAUUGGACUUUAAAUGGACCAUCAUUUCCUAAAUGAACAUCAUGCUGUGUUGAAGAAGACUCAUCUGUCGACGUAAAUAUCAAAGAUAUUUGAAAGAAAACCUUCGUGACUUCAGAUAUCAGAGGCUACGUUACUUUAUGAGUCCAGUCUGGGUUCCCUGCUGACCCGGACCAAUGCAGCCCGAGCAGGCCAGACAAAUCAGAUCCACAGUUUUGUACGACUCCAGCUUCCAAAAACGUAACACAUGAAGCACAUUUGUAACCCCAGCCUACGAUCCAAACAUGUCAAAGACACCUGAAACUUACAGGUUGAACUCCAGAAGAUUUUGAUUUUGCAUUGAGUCAAAUGUUUUCAAGCCAAAAAUGAAGUAUUUAUGAACCCCUUAUAUUCAAUAGAUUUAGUUUACAUGUGUGAACUUCUCAUUCUGUGCUGUAUCUGUUAGCGUGUGUAACGUGUGUGUAUUGUGUGCAUGCCUGACCUGUAGCUCUGUCUCUUGACUCCCUCGGGCCUCUUGCAGCUCAAUCUCCAGCUGCUCCAGACGAGCAACACGCAUCUGCAACACACACGCGCACGCGUUUAAGACACGUCCAGAUGUGUUGUAUUUCCAGCCAAUUCACACAACAAUUCAACAAUCUAAAUUGAAAAAAUGCUCAUUUCUAUUUUUAAUCUUUUACUGAUGAAAAUCCUUUUGCAAUAAAACUUAUUGUGUCUAAAA